AUGUCUCGUCUCAUAGACACCAUCAAGCAAGGCCACCGCGAGCUCGAGUCGUACUACGACCGCAUCACCGAGUCCCAGGACAAGGACGAGCAAACGUGCUACCAGAACCAGUUCACCUGGGAGCUGGCGCGCCACUCCAUCGGCGAGGAACUGGUCGUGUAUCCCGCGUUUGAGCGCCUUCUCGCCGACGGGAAGAGCAUGGCAGACAAGGAUCGGCGCGAGCAUCAGACGGUACCUCCCUAA